AAGAAAGUGUCACGCAUGCGUGGUUUGACGUCACAUGAGUCCGAGUGAAUGAAGGGCAAAGAUGGCGGCCUCUUCUAAGAAGGUGUUCGAGGUGUUCGUGUCUAAAAUCCCGUGGACUGUAGCCGGCAAGGAGAUGAAGGAGUACUUUGGACAGUUUGGAACAGUGAAGCGGUGUCUCCUACCAUUUGACAAAGAGACCGGUUUCCACAGAGGGUUCUGCUGGGUCGGGUUCUCCACAGAGGAGGGACUCUGCAAUGCACUUGAGAAGGACCCUCAUAUUCUGGAAGGAUCAAAGCUUCAGGUUCAGAGGAACAGACGUCCUUUUACAGGACAGAAGUCCUCCAGAGAUGUUGAUAUGGACUGAACCGUGGUGGUUCUGCUGUGAGGAUGAAACCAGCGAGAUGUUCUGUUCCAGGAUGGUGAAGACUGAUGUGUGAAUACGUCAGCUAACGUCUCAUAGUUCUGUGCUUGUGCUCCCUGUGAAACUGGUGCCCAUUAAAGUUUUAUAUUUACUGUAAUAGUUAUAACAUCCCAUCAUGCUGGGUUCAUCUGCCCUGUGUCUGCUAAUAAACAUGUUUAAUUGUCUGGUU